CGACCUCCCUCUCUCCCUCCCUCCCUCCUUCCAUUGGGAAAGGUCUGGUCCGAAAACAUACACACAUACACACAGAAAAGAAAAAGGAGACGGACGCUGGAACUUAGUAACUGAAGCAAACCGACCGAAAACAGGCUUUUGAUUGAAUUAUUGGGCAGGACGCGCGACGCCGUUCUGCUUUUUGGGGCAUGUUCCCGCAGGGGACGGACGGUUAGCCCACGGGACUUACGCUGGUUGUAAUGCAGGGGUGAACUGGAACCAGCGAAAAGGGCUCAUUUUAAACGACUAGCUAGGGGGUUCGGGGGUGGGCAUUUUUCUAUUAGCUGGCUGGAAUAGUGGCAAGCUUAAAAGUUUAAAGCAGCUAAACUAUACCUGGGGUUGUUUACAUCUCCCGGCUCUUUUCGCGGCUACACACAGAUGGGACCGUCCUGUUUGCUGGGGACAUCGGAGCAGAGGGGUUAACUGUGGGUACGAAUUAAGAAAAGAAAGAAAGAAAAAAAGAAGGGAUCGGCGUGUUGAUUUUUGUAGCAGGACGGUUACAGAAAGAACAGCUAGCCAGGCAGCUAGCGAGCGAGUGAACGCAGGCCAUGGAGUGAAUUAGCGCAGGGCUAAGGCUGCGGUUAGCUUGUUCUCCAUAACCGGCCAAUAUAAGAGAGGAAACUGUGGGGAGAUACUGCCAGGAGAUAGGAGAACCUGAAGACUGGGUGUUUUACCUGCUUUAAUAGUCAAAAGAUGUUUGGAUCAUGCACUGGAUCGUAAAGGCCCUGCUCCAAAGUGGAUAAAGUAUCACACAGAUAAAGCGGCGAAGAUCUAACGACGCUGUCCUCUGCCAGUGUAAUUUGCGGUUGUUUCAGUCCUAAGUGACCUCGGUCGCAUCGGAAGAGGGAAAAUGUCUACGGCGAAGGAGAAUCCCUGUAGGAAGUUUCAGGCGAACAUUUUCAAUAAGAGCAAAUGCCAGAACUGCUUCAAGCCCCGGGAGCUACACCUCUUGACCGACCAAGACCUCAACCAGGCCAAACCGAUUUAUGGCGGCUGGCUCUGUUUGGCCCCAGAGGGGACAGACUUUGAUAACCCGAUGCAGAGAUCCAGGAAAUGGCAGCGGAGGUUCUUCGUCCUCUACGAGCACGGCUGUUUGCGUUUCGCUUUGGACGAAUCGCCAAGCACCUUGCCCCAAGGAACUGUGAAUAUGAACCAGUGCAUAGAUGUGAUUGACGCCGAGGCUAAGACAGGCCAGAAGAACGCCCUGUGUAUCAUCACGCCAGAGCAGGAGUACUUCAUCCGGGGGGAGAACAAGGAGAUCAUCAACGGGUGGAGUGAGCAGCUGGCAGUCUACCCAAGGACAAACAAGCAGAACCAGAAGAAGAAACGCAAAGUGGAGCCCACAACUUCCCAGGAGCCCGGCCCUGCGAAGGUGCCCGUUACGGGUAUGGGAAUCCCAGAGGCUGAGAAGGUUCCGGAUUCCAGGUCCAUCAUAUGGCAGGAAGAGCUCCACAGCAGGGAGGCGGAAGCAGGUCCGGUCUGGGCCCCGGUGGAUGUCGCUCCCCUCGGCUCUCCGCCGGCCCACGCAGGUGCUGAGGUGGCGCCUUUGGACCUGAUCUCUGACCAAGGCUCUGUCAAUGGCGACGAAGUGGACCGAGCGGGACUCGCAUUCCACGCACCCCCUCCACAACCCCCCUUGGACGUCCUGUCCCCGACAGGAAGCACAUCCAGCCGGAACAGCGGCGAGCUGGGGGGUGUGCCGCGGUGUCUGUCCCCAGCCCCGAGUGACCCCUUCCCUUCAGGCACCAGCCUGCUCUCCAACGGCUCCCACAUGAGCGGCUCCAUGAGCUCGCUGGACUCGGACACCAGUGGCAGCACCGCGGCCAGCGGCGACAGCCACCCGGCCGAAUCGCCAGGCCGCGGGCUGCGCGCGCCAAGCUCCUAUGAUGUGCCGCGCUCUCGUCGGCAUGAGGCAGAAGCCCGCAAGGCGGAGAAACGCGGACGGGAACGCAGCCCUGACAGGAAGGCCGUACAGAGACUCCGCAGUCCAGAGAGGAGUCGCUCAAACGUGAUAGAGAAGCUGGAGGCCCUGGAGCUGGAGAAUGCUGAGAAGAUGGAGGUGGAGGAGGGUGGGCGUGGUGCCCCGAGGCAGGGCCGCAGCCAGACCCGCCGCUUUCAGAGGGAGGAGGACAGACUUGACUUGCCGCAAGGCCUAGAUUUUACCCGCUCGACCAUCCCACCUCUCAGGAGAGCCAAGUCCCUUGACCGACGGACUACCGAAUCUGUCAUGACUCCAGACUUACUGAAUUUCAAAAAAGGCUGGAUGGUGAAACUUGAUGAGCAGGGGCAGUGGAAGAAGUAUUGGUUCGUCCUCACUGAUCACAGCCUUCGAUAUUACAAGGAUUCCAUUGCAGAGGAGGCCUCUGAUCUGGAUGGGGAAAUAGACUUGGCUACUUGUUUUAAUGUUACUGAAUACCAGGUUCAGAGGAAUUAUGGCUUCCAGAUACAUACGGAAGAAGCGGUUUACACGCUGUCCGCCAUGACGGCAGGCAUACGGCGUAACUGGAUACAGGCCGUGAUGAAGAACGUGCAGCCGUCCACUGCUCCUGAUGUGGCCAGCCUGACGGACGAUCACGGGCCAUGCGGCCCUCUGGAAUCCCUGCCGAAGCCCGACGUGACGCGGGAUUCCCCCUCGUCUGAGGCCUCAUCUGUCGACCGGGAGCCGGGCUUCAAAAGGAGCCGUGUGCGGGAGCGUCGGCGGGAAGGCCGCUCCAAAACGUUUGACUGGGCUGAGUUCCGCCCCAUCGCCCAGGCGCUGGCCCAGCAACGAGUGCGGCAGGCAGACGCCAUGCAGGCCGAACUCGGAGACCUAGAGCGCAACCGGAGGCGCGAGGAGCGCAGGAAGAGGUACGAGUCGGUGACAAGCUCCCCGCCAGAACCCGGCCCUACUGACACCACCAGGAUGGACUUUGAGAGCGCCGGCAGCACCGGGGACUUGGUCACACCCUUGUUGGAGCGACAGCAGAAGAUGCAGGACGAGAUUGAACAGCGGUGGCAGCAGGUGGAACGGACACCCAUUCGGGAAGAGCAUAGGGUACCCCUGUCCAUGUCCACGUCGUCUCGAGAUGACGGCGAGCUUGAGAAGCUUCUGGAAAGCUACAAGAAAGGGGUAGAAGAUCUGAAACGGCAGUUGGACAACUGUCAACAGCAGCUGCUCGAAUCCAACCACCAGAAGCUGGAGCUGGAGGUCCAGCUGAAAACCGCCCUGGAGCGUGAGAAUCAGAUUCGAGCCGGCUAUGUCUCGCCUCUGGAGCCUCCUUUGGGUCUGGAGGCUGAACUUGAGUCCCAGAUGAAGAGAGAAGAACUGGUUAGUUCUCAAGCUCAGUCCUUAAAAAAGAAGUACCAAGAAACUAAAGAGCUCCUACAUCAGCAAGAACUGAAAAAACGCAGCAUGCAGGCUCAGCUUGGCCUUUCUAUUUCACCCCUUUCCAUGAGGGAACCUCAAAGCUCAGCCAUCUCACAGCCUCAUUCUGAAUCCAUCCAUGCCAAGACAAUCAGCAUUUCGCUGCAGGAUAAUGUGGGAACACUACAAGAGCUAGAGGACCUGAUCUCUGGCAGCCCUUUGACUUUGAAGGGCUUGGUGCAGUUGCUGGCCUCCCAUAGUAAGGUCUGUCAUGAAGAUUUCCUUCAAAAAAUGGAGAGCAAAGAGCAGAACAAUUCUGGUGAAAAGAUCGGUCGUCAAAAAGUGUCAGAAAACCUGAAAUAUAAACAAGAGUUAGAGAAUGAGUCAUUGAGGAGGAACCUUUCAAGGACAUGUGAUACUGUGUGUGAUUAUGAUAUACGCCUUAUGGAAGGCAUGCUUGAAAGGGCACAGCGGCAAAAUAUGGAGAACCUGAAGGGUCCUUAUGGACCAUUAUGCAAGAUCGAAGAACACUCUGAAACAGAGAUGACUGUGAGAACGCUAUCCCAGAAGGUAGAGUUGCUCACUAGUGAGAAUGAAGGGCUGAACCAGCGGUAUCAGGAGAUAAUGAACCAGCUCACUGAGGCUGACAGGGAAAUAGAAAGGCUGAAGGAGAAACUCUUAAACCAGCAAGGUGGACAAGAACAUCUGCUGGUGCUGGAGAAACUAAACCAAGUAAAAGCCCAGCUUGCGGAGAAGGAGACCAACUCUGUUGAUCGUGAGAUUUUUGAGAGCGAGCUCAGCAAAAAGUCUCAAAAGCUUCAGGAGACUCUAGUAAAAUUAGAUGUCCUAGGAAAUAAUUUGAAAGAGACGGAACGGAAGCUGCACCUCAAGGAAGCCACAUUGAGUGGUCUGGGCUUCCAGAUGGGGAAAGAAAACGACCGUGAGUUGCUCCUUGAAGAGAAAGCUCAGCUCUGUCAUCGGCUAGAGACAACAGAGGCACAGCUUUCAGGGUUAGAGAAGAAGCUUCACACUGCUGAGCAGUCAUGUCACGAUCUUUUGGCCCAGAAUGCUGAACUGAGAGGACAAGUGCAUCAUCAGCGGUUUUUAGGUGUCCAGGGUGAUAUUAGUGUGCUGAAAGAUAUGGGGAAGGUAGUGAGGAAGUCCGAUGGCGCCCGGGAGAGUGUAGGUCAUGGGUGUGAAGACAUAGUCUUUGACAGACUUGUUUCUCGUGAAAAAAAUGUGCAGCAAGUCAUAGAGGAGAUGAAGAUGAAGUCAGAAGUCCUUAGUAAAGUAUCAGAAGUACUAGGAAAGAUAGAUGUGAAUGUUGGGGCAGUUCUGAAUGAGUUAAUGAGUAGUGUGUCUAUUCAUGCGCCUUCCGAUGAGCAGCUUGCAGAAACAAAAGAGGCCAUGACAAGAAAGAUCCUGCUAGAAGCAGAGUUCUGGGGAAGGCUGUUGAAUAUGUUGCUUAUCUCAGCUCAGUCCAGUGAAUCUGAGUUUGCGGAUAGUUUUUUACAUGAUGUGGCAGAGCGCAUUUUAGUGGAAAAGAGAAUGUUGCUUUUAGCUAAUAGACUUUUCACUCAGCCUAAGAUCGAAUUGCAUACAAUUAACAAAGACUUUACAAAUAUCGAAAAGAAGACUGAAGGUAGCAAGUAUGGAAAGUUUGAUGUUGAAAAUAAAUGCAUUCUGAAUUUGUGCAACUUACUUGAUAACGACACUAAUACUCUUGUAAAGAAAGACUUAAUGGAGAUGCUACAGGGGAAAGUUUUCUUGCUAAACCAAAUUAUCUCUACCCUUCAAGCUUCUGCAAAUGAAGAGCUUCAGUCAUUGGUACUAAGGCUCUGUGACUUGGAGAAUCAAGAGAAAGGGUGGUUUGGUUAUGUUCAGGAUGCUGCGAUGGAGGCCCACACGUGCUACUUGUUAAGUAGACUGGAUGUUCAACAGCAGAAUCAACUGAAAGAAAUGCAGCUUCAGGGACCAUAUGCUGAAGUGGGUUGUCAGCUCUGUGCAGAACUAAUGAGGGAGAAAGAAGAGCUCACAGCCAGACUGGAAAACAUGCAGAAAGAAAUGGCAGAUCUCAAAAGCCCCAGGAGCGAAGCAGACAAACCAGUUGCACACAUCCAGAUUGAAGGAGAACCGAUAGACUCCUUGGAUAAGGCCAUUCAGUUGCAGGACAUGGUGGCCAAGCAUAAGAAAGAGCUUCGGGAGUUAAAGGAAGCCUAUGAGCUUGAGGUGGAAAAGCUGAGGCAGGAAGUGGCUAGAGCAGGAGAGACCCUCAGACUGAGAUCGGAGGAGAAUGUGAAGGAGAUUGACUCGUUGACUGUUUGUAUGGAGAACUUGAAGAAAAAGCACGAGACGGAGAGGAAAAGCAUGGAGGAGCACUUCAGUAGGGAGAUUGACGAGCUAAGGAGCACAAUUCCUUCUCAAGGUACUGAUGUUGCUGAUGGGGACAAGCCACAUUCGAUGUCAUCUCUGAAAGAGCGCAUACAGGAGCUGGAGUCCCAAGUCUCUGUCAUGACAGAAGAAAUGAAGCAGCGUGAAAGUGAAGGUCAUGCAGCGUCUCUCCGAUUGAAAUACGAGAAAGACCUGGAAAAGCUGAAGGACACCUGCGAGAGAGGCUUUGCUGCCAUGGAGGAGUCUCAUCAGAAGGUGAUUGAUGAGCUUCAGCGCAAGCACCAGCGCGAGCUGGAGAACCUGCAGGAGGAGAAGGAGCGGCUUUUGGCAGAGGAGACGGCCGCCACUAUCGCUGCGAUCGAAGCCAUGAAAAACGCACACCGCAUGGAGCUGGAGAGAGAGUUGGAAAAGGCGCGGAAAGCCAACAGCGGCACUGAAAACGCAGACAUUGAGGAGAUCCGCAGACAGCACGACGAGGAGCUGCUGUCCUUCCAGCGGGAGAUCGAGGUGCUGUCGGAGCAGUACUCGCAGAAGUGCUUGGAGAACGCUCACCUGGCCCAGGCCCUGGAGGCCGAGAGGCAGGCCCUGCGACAGUGUCAGCGGGAGAAUCAGGAGCUCAACGCGCACAACCAGGAGCUGAACAAUCGUCUGGCAGCAGAAAUAACGAAGCUACGCUCUAUGACGACUGACGACAGAGGCAACUCAUGCACAAUGAUUCAUGGGAAAGAAAUGUAUGAACUUGAGGUCCUGCUGCGGGUCAAGGAGUCAGAAGUACAGUACCUGAAGCAGGAGAUCAACUCUCUGAAAGACGAACUGCAGGCGGCUCAGAGAGACAAGAAGUAUGCAACAGACAAGUACAAAGAUAUUUAUACAGAGCUGAGCAUCGUGAGGGCCAAGGCGGAGCGGGACCUGGGCCGGCUGAGGGAGCAGCUCCAGUUGGCCCACGAGGCACUGGGCGAGUCCUCCAUGGAGGACAUGGAGCGCGGUGGCUAUGAUAUUAUGAAGUCCAAAAGCAACCCAGACAUCCUCAAGAUGGCCGCCGCAGCUGCCAAACGCUCGGAGCGCACGAUGAGGUCAAAGUCUGUGAAUCGUGACAUGCCCUGGGACAGCUAAGGCUGCCUGAAGACCUUAGUGGCUCCUAGAGUCUCAAGGAGGGCUUGACUGCUGAGCAAAGACUCCACUUGUUUGACAACAAGGAAGCUAAGGAGUUUUAACGACGAAACAUCAACCAGCCUCGCUGCAUGUUUAUUUUAGUCCUGUAAUUCAUAAUUUAGAAACAUCACAAGUCUUAUGUUAAAUUUGUUAUGGAGUUUUUUUUUGUCUAGAAUCUGCAGUCCAUGCACUACAGUUACUGUGACUUUUUUUCCCCAUUGGCACGUCUUACUGUAAAUAUUUUGUGUUGGUUUUAAAGGAGUAUCUAUCCUAUAUAAUCUAAACACUACUGUGUAAGCUACUGUUUUAAACAUGCUCUUAGUAUGUGUGAAUAGCCAAAGGAAGUCGGUUUGUAUUGCCCGAUUAUCACAGCGUGUUAAUGGUUGAAUAUUGCUUCAUAGCCAGCAAUAUCAGAAGUUUGCCCAAAGUAAGUAAAGUUUAGAUUUGGUCAGUGUGCCCAAUUUUACAGGUCUCCUCAGCCCUCUUUUCAUUUUAAUGCUGGUAUAAAAAAGCUUUCAAAGGAAUGGUUGCCUGCAUAAUUUUACAGGUUUAACUUGGCUAAAUUGAGCUUUGCUUGUUAGCCUAAAUAGUGAUAGCUUGUACAUGGUUCUUAAUAUCCUAAUGUUACUUAAAAAUUAUAAAUAAAAAGUGCAAGGACCCAAGAAAACAGUGUCUAAAUUUUACAUGGAUCAGUUCGGCAGUUAUAGUAAUAUAAAUUUAUAUAUUUCUUUCUGUAAUCAUUAUGAUUCACUCAGCUGUAAGUUGGUUAUGUUUGUAGUGCUGUUCAGUGGCAGUCCCAUUGUAUUUAUUUAAUAUUUUGAAAUUUUGUUUCACGUUCUCAUUUCUGUUUUCUGUUGUAAAUAUACAGCAAAUGUAUACCAACUGACUACAGGUUUAUUAGCAAUAAAUAUUUUUGCACCCUG